CGCGCCGCAGGAACACAGCGAACCGACUGGGAGGGAAAGCGCGAGCGGACGGAGAGAAAGGAAACCGAGCAGCGCGAGCAGCACUCCGACUCCUUUUGUUUGAUUGAAAAGCGGUGGAUCGGAGGAGCCCAAAACGAUGAACCAGCGAGCUCGGACGCGUCCUCGUGAUCUUUAAGAGCAGGGUUUUUGUGUCUCUGUCUGUGUCUGUGUGUGUGUGUGUGUGUGCGCUCGCAGGCUAAUUUUUUUUGUAGGAUUAGGAGGAGGACGUUGAGGGGGAAAAAAAUUCGCCCUUCCUUUGAGGUAGGAUAUGGAGCAUAGCAUUUAGCCUCCAUACCUCUCACUCCACGAGCCAAUUUCCAGCCGAAAACACGCGUCUUUUCCUUCGCGUUUGUUUUACCACCAUUGUUUGUUUGUUUAUGAUAUUUUCUCGGCACUUUGCUCCUUUUUAUCCGCAGAGGGGGUGUUUUUCCCCCCCUCUUCCCGUGGCGCAUGCUACAGUAUAUUUUGCAAUCAGUCUCUUGCACUCUAGUGCGUUUUAGGCCUUGUGUAGCAGAUUGGACUCCAAUGUAACAUUAAAUCCGCAGCCGCGCUCAUGUACGCGUUCAUUAUCGCACCGUAGAUCCAAUCCGACUGGAAAUACGCUUUUCACCGACCGGGUUUAAAGCACAAGCGUCGGAUACAAUCGGAUUGAUAAUAAUAAUAAUAAUAAUUGUUACAAAAAAAACAACAGUUAUUUAGUAGCGCGCUGAUAGGGGUUUAAAGGCGCGUGAUUGUGUGAAUAACUAAUAAUAAUAAUAAUAAGUGGAAGAAGAAGCGAGCACAAGGGGAAAGGACGUCGACGCGUUUUCAAUGUUAAUGUCGACCGACGUUGCGUCCAUCAUGCUGCCCGUUAGUCGGGGACUGAUGGAGCGGGACAGCAGGGACUUGGAGGCGAACGCCAACCAGAACCCGCAGGCGCAGAACCAGAGCGCGAGCCCAAACCCGGUGCGGGGGAUGAAGCGUGGAGACCCGGAGCCUGACGGGCACGGAGCGGCUGCAGCUCCCCUCGGGGACUCGGUAGGGGCCGAGUGUAAGAGACCCCGCAUGGAGGGCGGAGGGGACAUGAGCCAGAACAACGAUCCACUCAACAUGGGCUUCCACGCAUACCCCUCAACCAGUCAGGGUUCUCAGGAUGCGAUGGGGGCUCAGGAAGGCCUCGUCCCCCCACCGUACUCGUCCUUCCCCCCUCCUCCCCCUCCGCCACCCCAGAACGGCUUGCCGCUGGACUUUGGAGGCAGCGGUAUUUACCCUGCAGGGGGCCAGGGGCAAGUGGAGGCGCCGGCGGGGAUCACUAACCCCCCCUCAGCCCCCAACACUCUCAACACACAAUUAACAGACGGCUCCCCCCAGGCCGAAGGCCAAGGUGUGUCCGGGAGCGGUUCAGGAGUAUCUGUGACCGAAGACUCCGUAGACGGGAAAGCGACCCCGAAACGUCUCCACGUCUCCAACAUCCCGUUCCGCUUCCGAGACCCCGACCUGCGCCAGAUGUUUGGGCAAUUCGGGAAGAUCCUGGAUGUGGAGAUCAUUUUCAAUGAGAGAGGCUCUAAGGGCUUCGGCUUUGUGACGUUCGAGAACAGCGCGGACGCUGAGAAAGCCCGCGAGAGACUGCAUGGGACGAUAGUGGAGGGCAGGAAGAUAGAGGUGAACAACGCUACAGCUCGAGUGAUGACCAAUAAGAAGCUGGUCAGUCCAUAUGCUAACGGAGAGGGACUCAGCGCUCUGCCUUAUGUAGCUGGGUGGAAGCUGAGCCCUAUGGUGAGUGCGAUGUAUGGGCCGGAACUCUACGCAGUUCCAGGGUUUCCGUACCCCACAGCUGCAGCGGCGGCAGCAGCCACUACAGCCGCCACCUUCAGGGGCGCUCACCUGCGGGGUCGCGGCCGGCCCGUUUACGGCACUGUGCGCGCAGCCAUACCGCAACCCGCCAUUCCAGCAUACCCAGGUGUGGUGUACCAGGAUGGUUUCUAUGGGCCAGCAGACCUCUAUGGUGGUUAUGCGGCGUAUCGCUACGCCCAGCCCACCGCCGUAGCAGGUCCGACAGCAGCAGCAGCGGCGGCCGCCGCAGCAGCCUAUAGUGACAGUUAUGGUCGCGUGUAUGCGGCGGAUCCCUACGCUACAGCGCUAGCAGCCCCCGCGGCUGCCGCAUAUGGAGUGGGCGCAAUGGCCACCCUAUACAGGGGCGGAUACAGCAGGUUUUCUCCCUACUAAUCUCCCGAACCUCUCAGCUCCACCACCUCGCCCAAACUUUUACCAACAGCCAGUCUCUUAAGAGCCUGUUUUUUUUUUUUUUUUUGGUUUUUUUUUGUGGACAAAACGAAAACGCACCGCUUAAGAAUAAAUACUUGAGAAAGGAAAGUACAUCACUACAAGUGGGUUUUUAAAAAAAAGAAAAAAUUUGAAAAUAAAAUCAAAUUACAUACCUAAAAGUAACUUUACAAGACGAGCGAGACGCUGACUGAAGAAUUGCACGGCUGAAAAAAAAAAAAAAAUUAAUAAAAAUGUAUUCUUUCCUAUUCUUUGGCACGUUUCUCUGCACAUAUGCAUGCAGUAAUGGCUCUAGAGGAACGGUUCUAGCGGCCAACAAACUCCACGUGCACAGAGAGUCUGGACUACAACGGACAAAGUUUGUACAUCGCUCUUCAGAGUAUCACACUACACUAUACCUAGCCCUAUCGAAGAAUCCUGCCCACACCACCGCGUUUGACCAUAAGAGGACACGGGCCACACGAGCCACCAACAAGUAGAUCCCGCACGUUCUUUAGUAGAGGACCCGAGAAAACACGACACGAAAGGAAGAUGACUGUUUGAAGAGGUGUGUUGUUGUUUGUUUUUUUUUCUGUUUUCUUUUUCUUUCUUUUUUUUUUUUUUUUAAUCUCAUGAGGAAAGAAAAGACUGGGAUGUAAAACGAAACUGACAGCUGUUACGGACCGGCGGGAUUUUCCGCACGCAUAUGGGACGAUGUGUCAUAAAUAUAACCUACAGAAAACCUUGCUUAGAAUAAUUUUUUUUGUUUGUUUGUUCGUUUGUGUUAAAACGACCUCCUGCUUUCGAGGUCUUUUUGAAAAGACGUACCUUUACAGUUAAUUAGUAACAAUAUGCAAAUAAACUAGAUUAGAACAAAAAUGUUACCAAACUUCAUUAUUAUUAUUAUUAUUAUUAUUAUUAUUAGACCAUUUCUUUAACAUGCCGUCCCUGUGACCUCUUGGCUCCUAUUUAAACAUGGAGGUUAAAUUAUAAAAUUAUCAAAAUGUAACACUAUAUGUAACACGGUUAAGUUUAGCUGGGGGGGGGGGUGGGGGGACAACGCACACUAAGAAUUUUUAUACAAUUAGUUAAGGCCCUUAUUGGAUUUUGGGACCUUUUUACAAGAAUCGUGCUGUCAGAUAUGCAACUUGCCUCAUUUCACAACAGGGUGUGCAGCAAGUGUAAACUUUGGAUUGUUUUUUUUUUUAAAAAAAAAAAAAAAAAAAGAAAACGCUAAGCUACAUAGUAUUUUUUUUUUUUUUCCUCGCUUCUCUACAUGUAUUUACUCUUAUCUUCUGAAUAUUGAUAUUAUGUCUUAUGAAUUUUGGUUCCAAAGAUUUUGUGAAGCACAUUUUGUUUGUUUUUUUUUUGUUGUUUUUUUUUUUUGCUUAUAUGUAUGAGCCUAUGGUAAUUUCUGUUGUUUUCCUUGUUUUAUUUUUGUAUCAAUAGAUUUUACUGUUUGAUUUUUGAAGUGACUUUAAAAAAAAAAAAAAAAAAAGCAAAAGAAAAAAGCGGUUUGAAAUGAAAUGGAUUUUGCAGUGUCUGCUGUGCCAUCGACAUCCAGUUUCCAGCGUAAUUUAUUAACAAACCUAUCAGUCGAAUAUAAGCAGGUUAUUCUGUGGUCAGGAUUUAUCCGUGUACGUGCUUCGUUCCGAGUCGUGUAUCAGUACUUCCGUGCCGGAAUGUUGGAAAAGCAUGAAACCUGAACUACUGGGUAUUUAAUUGUGUAUGGAUUCACCCGUUUAAAACUGAUUUCAGCUGUGUUGCUUAUCAACAGUCAACACUUAUACUGUAAGUAAAUAUAGAACACAUUUCAUACUUUAAGCUUUUUAGUUGAACCCCACGUUUUGUCUUUUUUUGGUUGUUGUUGAUGUUUUUUUGUUUUGUUUUUUUAUUUGUGUGAUAUAGGGGUUGAAUUAUAUUCCACUGUUCCGAGUCCUGGAAGUGGAACGUGUAUUAAGGUUUAAGGAAUUUCCCCGCCUCUCUCUGAAAGCUCAUUGAGAUGGAAGGGUGUUAACUGUUUUUGCUGUCCAUUAGGUACUUUGCAGCCUAUGCACUACAUUUCUCAGUGUUAUCAAGAAAAUUAGGACAUCAUUUAACUGCGAUCAACCUCCCCCUUUGCCUUGACUCUUCCAAGUUCUGUGUUGGAUAAAUAAGGAUGGAUUUGUCCAUUGUUUGCAGCUUUCCUAUGUGUAUAGUGGCUAAAAUACUACUGUUAAAACAGUAGUCUAAAGGCCAGACAGGACUAGACUCAUCUCAGUCUGGUGAUAUUUAUUAAUGAAUUCUAUCCCGCGAAUCAAACCAGGAUUGGAAUUUGCGGCUCUGAUCGAAAAUUCCUCCAAAAAAAAAAAAAACCCGGCGAAGGGCGUGUGAGUCUAGAUUUGUUGGAUCAUCUUAUAGAGCACAGGUUUCCAGUAACGUCCAGCUGUACAGUCAGGAUGGGAAAGAAACAAGCUGCCUCCUUCGGCAGCGUCCCAAUCCUAUCCUAUAAUCUCCUUUCCAUCUUUGCACAUUUAUUAUAUAAUACAUGUUGUGCAUAUUAUCCUUUAGUUUACAAUGUGAGUGUGUUUUGGUUUUGAACUUUUCCUCUCUGCAUACUCGGAUGCCAUUUGUGAUGUAAUUUGUAUCUGAAUGUCCAUAUAAACUGUUUUUUUUUAAAAUAUAUGCACAAACGAG